ACGGAAAUUACCGAUUGGCUCCAAAGAGUUUGCGAGUCCAAACGAAAUUUUUCAGAUUUUUAAUUAGUGAUUUGGAAUCAUCAUAUCUGUGGGAUACAAAGUAUACUCUUGUGAGCUGCUCAGCAUGUAAUCUCAUUAAAACAGCAGCCCUUUUUCAUUCAAAAAAUAUAUCCAGGAAUCAUACAGAAUCUUUUGAAUUAGCUGAAUGUUGAAACUACGUAUUUUGUCCUGUCGUUCACUCAAACAGCCAUAGGAAAUCAACGCUCGCUGGACACUGCAGCAAGGAUGCAGUACCAGUAGAGACUGAGGGGGGACGAAAUGAGAGUUAAUGUCAAGGAAGGAUCCAGAGACCUGUAUUCCACACAAGGCAUUCAUACAGCAUCAAAAACUGGAAAUUCAACCAUGUCAUCAGUGGACAAGAUGAAAAAAUUAUUAAGUCCUGGCACGAGGAAAAAAGGACUGGGGAAUAUGAACAAGACAUUUGGUGUGCCUCUGGAGGAACUGAUGACUAGGUCCCCUUCAGGAGGGACAGUGCCGUACAUAGUCAGCAAAAUCUGCGAACACAUUCGAGAUAAAGGAUUUGAAGCAGAGGGAAUUUUCCGCAUUAAUGGCAGCACAAGAAUUGUGGAGAAGUACCGUACCAGUUUUGACAUGCGAGGGGAUGCAGACUUUUAUGAAGAGGAAGAUUUGAUGGCAGUGGCAAGUCUACUCAAGUUAUUUCUACGAGAAAUUCCAGGCUCUUUGAUUCCAGAGAAUAAGACUCAGAGAUUCAUAGCCAUUCAAGAAGAGCAUCAAAAUGACCCAGCUGGUUUUAUAUCUGCCCUGAAGGCAGAACUCUCGGAGCUGGACGAGGUACGAUAUAAUCUGCUGAGGUACCUGAUCCGUUUCCUAGUGGUUGUGUCACAGUUUGAACGAACCAAUAAAAUGAGUCCCAUGUCUUUAGCCAUUGUCUUUGGACCAAACCUCUUCAGAUGUGGUCAGGGAAUCGUGGGAUUGAAAGAUCAAGGGAAGAUAAAUCAGAUUGUCUACAAAUUCAUCACACUGUACGAUUCCCUGUUCAGAGAGGAGAAUGAAAUCUCUCCUUACAAUGAGUGGAUUAAACAGAAACAGAAAGGCCCACCCAGACCUCCCCCUCCCAAACUUCAAGUAGAGGAGUACAAACCAGUCCCAAAGCCAAGGAACACUGGAAGACUGGACGCCUAUGACAGUGCCCACUACCAAGAGAUGGAUGACUUUGACCACAGUGAGGAAUCGUCCAGUAACACCCAGGGGCGGAGUCACAGUCCACGCUGUAGUGAUGAUGAAAUCCCAGGCAGAGCCUCACCAUUUAUGCUUGACAGUGACGGAGGCUACAGCAUCAUAGAAUCUCCAUUACCAUCAGCAAGAACGUCAGAAGUUGUAGAGAACAUUAUAGCCAAGUCUAUAAAAGAGCACCUGUUUGGAGAUGACAUCAGUAUGUGUGAGACCUUCGUUGAGGAGGAGGAGAGUAAAGAAAAUUUGGAGAACACAAUACCAGUGAAGGACCGUAUUAAGCAGUUUGAGUGUGGGACAGAUACCUCUGAAGCACAGAAAUUCUCCAAGUCUGCGAGACAGUCUCCUCCAGGGCCAGAAUCCAUGGACAACUCCCUGUCAAAGGAACAACAGAAUAUGAAGAUGAAUGGAUACAAACAUGAAGCAGAUAUAACCAGUACAAAAGAAAAUGACUUCAGUGGUGUACACAGAGAGGAUGACUUUGAAAGUGUGAAGAGAAAUUCUGGAACCUUAUCAUCAUUCAAGAAGCCUGCUGGUCCUAGAAAUCGCCGUUCUCCGAGUAGACUGUCUCGUGGUAAUUCUUUAGAAGAGAAAGAUGGCAUCCCAGAUGGUAACCACCAGUCUAGGAAUGAUAACGCCUCCAUAGAACUGGAGACCUCUUCCCUUCCCGAGAGCAGACCCAGUCAGAAGGAGCCUGUACCCAAACCCCGCGUGGCCUUCCUAGAACUUACCAACCACACAGAGAACAAAAGUUCUCCUGAUGCCUCACCCAACAAUGCCAGGAAGCCGUUUAUUCCUCCACUAGAUCUGUCUACACUUCACGAACAUGUCGAAAGCUCGGAUCCAAUCCCAGCAGACAAAGGACAGUCUGUCUCUUACCAGUUAGCCAAGUCCCACAUUAACGGGGGAGGUACUUCUGAUGUCGUCAUCUCUCCUCGCAGUAACAAACUCAUCAAAAGGAAAUCCAAUGGGGAUGAUCUAGAAGCUCCCCCCUCUCCCAGUGCCUAUCAGAGCAGUCCCCCGGCCAGUGUGCCAAUGAAUACUGAUGUAGCACCAUCUCCACCCAUCAAUCAAGAUCAUUAUAAACACAGCUCAGCAAAUAUGGAAACAGACGUAACAAGCAGAAUAAAGCAGCAAAGCAAGAAACUACAUGCUUUGAAGAAAAAACUGAAGCAUUUUGAGGACAACUUUGAAAAGGAAAAUGGAUACAAGCCCUCACUAGCAGACAAAGCUAGCAAGCCCACUAUCAAGAAGUGGAUGAAUGACAUCUCAAAAGCAAAGAGAGAGAUAAAGAGAUUAAAGGAGGAAGCUGAGAUAGGAAACCGCAGUCGCCAUGGGAGUGGGGCAUCCUCCAGCGGAGAGCGACUAGAGCCACCAGAACUGCCGCCUACAAUGGAACAAACACUGAACGUCAUCCUGCUGAAACUGGGCGAUAAACGACGCGACGCCAGACGCCCGGAGGAUGUCGAUAUGAUGACCACAGAUCAGGUUUUAGAUGAAAAGUUGGCAGUUCAGAAAUCCCUGCUUCAUUUUGAAAAUCUUCAUGGAAGACCAAAAACAAGGGAGGAGAAGGAUUUGAUGAGACCUUUGUAUGACCGAUACAGGAAAAUUAAGAGACUCCUGUCAAAGCCUAAUUCUCCACGAGAGAAGAAUGAGCUACAAACAGUGCCAGAGGAUAGACCAAUAGAAUUUGAGGGAGACUUCCAAAACCCAUAUCGCCCCUCGGUGCGGAUCCCCACAGCCCAUUAUGACGACCUUGAGGAUGGCCUUGGGUCUGGUAUGGGGACAAUGACGAUGGACUUUGCUGUCACUAGAGACUUUUCUGUCCUCCCUGAUUCCAUGCGACCAGUGUCUAAGGAAGUGACAAGGAAGGAACAUUCUCCUAAAGUGAAGAGGAAACUGAGUCUGCCAGAGGAAGAGGAGGAGGAGGGCAACCAGAACCAGGAGCCAAAUCUCCACGAAAUGUCAAUACCAGAGCUUCAGGAUGAGUUGAUGAGGUCUAAGGGAGAGAAGAAAAGAAUACGCAGGACUUUAAGAAACUUUGAAGAAGAUUUCUUUCAAAAAAAUGGAAGGAAGGUACAGCGAGAUGAUAGAGAACCAUUGCAGACAGAGUACACAAGUUACAAGCAAGUAAAAGCCAAAUUAAAACUGCUGGAGGCAUUGUUAUCAAAGCUACAGAACACAGAUGAAGUCUGACUGCUCUGUCAAUGAGUGGCUCAUGUAUGAUGAGUCGAUGGAUGAUCCCAGUGUUCAUAGAAACCUUGUCAGGGAAAGAAAUCGAGUUUCAUCUCAGAAAACUGUAUCUAGUCAAACACUGCAAUGACCAAGAGUGAGUCCAUGGAGAGGACGAUUUGACAGAAAUAGUGCUGUAACUUUGAAUACAGAGGUUGCUGUAUUGUUGCUUUGGUUAUAUUAUCUUGUAUGCUCAGUUUUUAAUGUUCAGUCUUUUCUUAAACUGUGUAUACAAAUGGGUAUAUUGGUAAUUAGAUUAUGUUGUUUAUUAUUGCUACAAGCUUUAUAUGCAGUACCGUCCAAAGUAAUAUUCACAAUUUUAAUAACUUUUUUUAAAAACUUGAUAAUGUCUUCAUAAACCUAGAAUCAUCCAGUAACAAAUCUUUAAUUUAUUUUCAUGUAUAUAAUCUUCUAGUCUCUGUAUUUUUCUAUAAUCUUGUCAUAUUAAUAUAAGAAUAGUACAUGUAACAUGAAUGCUAGGCUUCAGGUCAAAUGAGAAAAACAGAAAAAAAUGCAUUGAAACAUUGAGAAUGUACAUGUACUCUUUAUUUCUAUUUUAUCUUUAUAGUCAUUCAUGGUGAUGUCACUGGUGUUGAGUUAUUAGAUCUGGCUUUGCAGAAUAUUUUAAAUAUAUACAAGCAUAGUUGAAUAUUUUCUGCCACUUUUACCCAUCAUUUCAAGAAAAUUUAAUACUUCAAGAAAAUGACCUAUAAUAAUAUAUGUACAUACUACCUACAAGAAUAUUAUCUAAUGCAUAAACACUCACGAAAAUUAUCCUAUACUCCAAGAAUCUUGUUAAGUCAGAUUUUGCUCACCUGACAUUCCACCAAACGUCUCCAUUUUAUACAGUGUGGAUGUCCUCUAUGUUUUGUAAAAUGUUGAGUGACCCCUCAAGGUCACUUCUGAAGUGAUAAUACAAAUGGCAUUGUGAAUAUGUAUGAUAAUUAUGUACGUGAUGCUGUAGUACGAUUUAAAGGUAGGACCAGAAUGAGAGACGUUACUAAACUUACCUGUAUAAAUGACACAGAAUGGUUUCCCGUGAUAGAUGUUGCCAAACCACUUCAGUUGUUAGAUUGAAUGUUUCUACACCAUAAAGAUGGCAGUGGUUUUAUUAUUAUUUUAUUUUUUUAAGAUGGGGAGCAUUUGAGGUUAGUUUUGUAAUUUGAAGUUAGUUUUACAAGUUUACAGUGCUAAGAAAGUGCUAUGUAUACUAUGUGAUUUUCAGAAGUUGCAACAUUGUUUAUGAAAGAAAAAGUAAAUGAGGGAUAUACAGUGUAGUAGUGUUUGGUUUUGUGGGGGUGGGGAUUUAGUCAUAAGUUUAAUUCUCAAUUUAGAAUGCUUGUUAGAGUAAGUGUCAAAAGUAUCUUAGCAAGAUUCUAUAAAUCACAUAUAUUUUGUUAGACUGAUUUUGUGAUACAAUUGUAAUGCCCUUGAACAAAAAUUACUUGAAGUUAGAACUAUUUCCCUGUCUGAUUAUGACUAAUAAUGAGGGACAGUUGUACUUAGCUAUCUCAAACUCGGAUGUCUCAAAUACCAUGGAUUUGUCAAAAGUAACCAAUAAGUCCCAAUAACUUUUUCUUUAUUUUUUUUAUGCUCAAUAUGUUGAAUACACAUGUAUUUCUAGUUUUCCUUGGUCCCAUCAAGAUAUUACAUGGUUUGACUCUAAUGUUUUUAUUUUUUUGCUAAACCUUUACAAAAUUUACUGAGGAUUAGAAUUUGGUCUCUUUUCCAUUGAUAUGACAGCAAAGCUAUAUAAUGUAAAUAAUUUACAAUUGAAAUAAGAGAAAUUGUGUGAAUUUAUUGAGAGGGAACAAAACUCUGUGUGUCUGUCAAACAUCUUGACCAGGAUUUUCUCUGUGAGGUAUAACACACUGUUCACAUUCCAUUUUUGUAUGGCAUUGCGAGGUAUUUGUAUGGUAGAUACUUUUGAUAGACAUUUACCAAGGUUUGAUGACAAUGUUACAACUCGGAGUUGGUUGUUGUGAAUAUUGUACAGAUUAACAUGUUCUUUUGUUAAAGUUGUUACAUAUAUAUUAUGACAAAAUUAAACUGUUUUAAAGUC